ACUGAGGCACCGGGCGGGGAGCGCGGCGCGAGGGCCUUGCCGCAUUACGGAACUGGCAGGCGACGCUGGGGUCCAUGCUGUGCCUAGUGCCGUGCUGCCCCAGGACUCCUCAUCCUCGCGUCCCCACAGUGCCAGUUCGUCAGUGCUCCCCUAACUGUGGGGGCUUGAGGGGCCAUCGUACGCCGCGGGGUGGCUGGGGGCUCGCCAGGCCAUAGUGAGGCCUGCUUGGAGCACAUGGGAGAAGCACCCCAGGACAUGGAGGAUUUCCAGCGCGCAUAUAGCAGGCUGUGCAAGGACAGUGGGGCCGAGCCCCAAGACAGUGUCCUGCAGCAGCUGCACGAGCUGCCCAGGGGCCGGCUGGACCUGGCUGCACAGAGCCUGACCGUGGAUACCUGCAGGGCCCUGGGCAAGUUGCUGCAGAGCGCGCUGCUGAGGGAGCUGGUCCUGAGCGACUGCAUGCUGAGCGAGGAAGGUGCCACACUGCUGCUCCAGGGGCUGUGCGCCAACUCUGUUGUGAGGUCUCUGGAUCUGAAGGGCAAUAAUCUGCGUGCUUUGGGAGCUGAGGCUCUGGGGAGACUCCUCCGGCAGAAUAAGUCCAUUCAGAGGUGCCCAUCAGGCCAUGCUCCUGACUCUGCCCACAGCCUCACGCUGGAAUGGAACAAUCUGGGCAUGUGGGAAGAUGCCUUUGCCACCUUCUGUGGGGCCCUUGCUGCCAACAGUGCUCUACGGCAGCUGGACCUCCGGAACAACCAGAUCACCCACAAAGGUGCAGAGGAGCUGGCCCUCGCCUUGAAGAUGAACAGCAGCCUGAAGGAGCUGGAUCUGCGCUGGAAUAACCUCGGCCUCUUGGGGGGCCGGGCCCUGGCAAGCUGUCUCCCCAGCAACAGAACCCUGUGGAGGCUGGAGCUGGCUGGGAACAGCAUCCCUGGGGACAUCCUUCGAGCUGUGGAGCAAGCCAUGAGUCACAACCAGGACCAGCAGGCCUCCUUGCGGGAGAACCAGGCCCGCACUCAAGUGCUCAGCAAGGAGGUUCGGACCCUGCAGGAGGAGAAGUCCAGGCAGUUUCUGGACUUGAUGGAAACCAUCAACAAGCAGCGGGAAGAGAUAGCCAGGAGUGGCAGGGCUACAGCAGUACAAGUGGCACAGCUCCAGGAAGCACUGAAUGAGCGGCACUCCAUCAUCAAAGCCCUCAAGGCCAAGCUGCAGAUGGCUGAGGCCGCCCUAGUGCUGUCCGAACAGAAGGCUCAGGACCUGGGGGAACUCCUGACCAGCUCGGAGCAGAAGCAGCAGAGCCUGGCACAGAGGCAGGCACGGGAGCAGCGGCUAGAGCAGCAGGAAGCUGCAGAGCGGGAGGCCAAGCUUCUCAGAGACUUGUCUGCUGCCAAUGAGAAGAACCUGCUGCUUCGGAACCAGGUGGAUGAGCUAGAGCGGAAGUCGAAGUCUCUGCAGGAACAGCUGUUCAUGGCCCGUCAGGAGCUGACCACCGUGUCUACUGAGCUGAAGAUGCGAGCUGUUCAGGCUGAGGAGCGCCUGGAAUUGGAGAAGAAAAGGUCCCGGCAGAACUUGGAGGACUCAGAACAGCUGCGUUCCAAGGAGGUGGAGCACAUGACGAGGCACCUGGAGGACAGUGAGAGGGCCAUGCAGGAGCGGCUGCAGAGGCUGGAGGCCAUGCGCCUGUCUCUAGAGGAGGAACUGAGCCGGGCCAAGGCAGUGGUGCUCAGUGAACGCAGCCAGGCCGAGGAGGAGCUCAUCAAGGCCAAAAACCAGGUCCGCCUGGAGGAGCAGCAGCACCGGGCUCACCUGGAGGAGAGGCUGCGGCUGCUGACCCAGGCCCGAGACGAGGCGCAGGGCACCUGCCUGCAGCAGAAGCAGGUGGUGUCGGAGGCGCAGGCGCGGGCAGGCCAGCUUAGCCUACAGGUCGAGGGCCUGCGCCGGCGUCUAGAGGAGCUGCAGCAGCAGGAACUGAGCAACAAAGACCAGGAGAAGGUAGCUGAGGUGGCCAGGGUGCGGGUGGAGCUGCAGGAGCAGAACGGGAGGCUGCAAGCCGAGUUGACAGCCCAGGAGGCGCUAAAAGAGAAAGCGGCGGCCCUGGAGCGCCAGCUGAAAGUGAUCAUGAGUGACCACAGGGAGGCGCUGCUGGACAGGGAGAGCGAGAAUGCAUCUCUCAGGGAGAAGCUGCGGCUCAAAGAGGCGGAGAUGGCCCGAAUCCGGGACGAGGAGGCACAGAGGGCCAGCUUUCUGCAGAAUGCCGUACUCACCUAUGUGCAGGGGUCCCCCCUGCGAGCACCGAGCCCCCAGAAGUGAGGGGGAGGCAGCCCGUUGUGUCCCAGCCUUGGACAGUGGAGUUGGUGGCCGGGGGUGGGGGGGCCCUAGCGGUCACUGGGCCCGGUGCUGGGUGCUGGCGCAUGGCCUGGAUGAUCCAGAAUUUUCCCCUGCCUGGGAAAGCAGCAGCAUGAUGGAAGGGGGUCGGCUGUAGCUUGUUACCUAUGUGGCUGUGGGCCAGUGUCUGGAAAUAAAGAUGUUUUGCACUUUGUGAUA